UUUCAUUUCCGGUGUAAACGACGCUAUUGACUGUCGUCAUUGUUGUUUAGAGUCUGCUGUUUGUAGGUAAAAAUGACCGGAAAAGUAGUGUUUUAUUUAGAAACUAAGUCCAUCAUUGAAACAGUCAUCAAGAACGCUCUUGAUAUCCGAAAUGCCAAAGAAGAAAAAGUAACUACGCUGCCAAAUGUGAGCUGCGAAACAGAUUUUGACAGCAUUGUGGACAUUUUGGCACGGGAGGCAGCAAGAAAAAUCAACGCCAUUUUCUCCCAGCUGUCCUUGUCGAUGCACAACAUAAUCAAUUGUCUGAAGGCCGAAGCGGGGCAGCUGGAGAGCAAGCUGAAGGUAACAACCGAAAGCUUUGAAAAUGCCAGGAUGUGGAGGGAAAACGUCCUCAGCGGCUGCCCCGUCCUGUUUGAACAGACCGGCUUGAUCUACACCUUGAAGCCGUUCGGGACGUUGAAGAGAAAGGCGGAUAAAUUGGCGGAGGGAGUCACAGAAACAACACCCGCUGUUCAGUUGGAGGAUGGACACGACGCUGAUGUUGGACAGCAAACGGAGGAGGUGAACUCUGAAGCUCGACAAGAAAAUGCAGAUGAUCACACCACAACACACGCCGCGGCAGGAUCCAACAACCUUGACAGCCAGAACGCACCGAAGGUGGCGACCGAGAGGAAAGUGAAGUCCUUUGUGUGCCAAGUCUGCCACAAGAGCUUCAACCGGCGCUUUCAUUUGACGAAGCACGCCAACACUCACGGGGAGCAGAGGCCCUUCUCCUGCGACCAGUGUCCCCGAAAGUUCCGGAGUGCGGCGACCCUCGAGCAGCACCUGCUGCGCCACGAGGAGAGGAAGUAUGUCGCCUUCGGGUGCCGUCUCUGUGACAAGACGUUCAAGACCAGGAUGCACCUGAAGACCCACCAGCUAGUCCACACGGACGUCCGGUCCUUCGCGUGCUCCGCCUGCGGGAAGGCCUUCAAAACCAAACACGCGCUGGGGGCCCACCUGCUUGUGCACACCGCCGAGCGCCCGCACAAGUGCGGCGAGUGCGGGGAGAGUUUCCGCUACGCGUUCACGCUGCAGUGCCACAGGAGCGUCCACACCGGGGAGAACCCUUACGAGUGUGCGGUGUGCGGCAAAGCCUUCAGCAGGAGGAGGUCGCUUCGGACGCACCAGUCCGUCCACCGGGGGAAAGCGUUCACGUGUGAGACAUGCGGAGCGGGCUUCACCCUGCAGCACAACCUGAAGAGGCACAUCCGCAUCCACACCGGCGAGAAACCCUUCAAGUGCGACGUGUGCGGGAAGAGCUUUGUCCAGAACAAGUUGAAGGCGCACAUGCUCCUCCACGGCGCUGCCAAGUCCUUCAUGUGCGACGUGUGUGGCAAGACGUUCCUCUACAACCGCCAGCUGCAGAGGCACCAGAAAGUCGCCCACGACGAGAGACAAGGCCAGGUGGCCCGGAGUCAAAUGCGAGGCAACCGGCGCGUCAUUUUUCGGCGGGACAAAACCACGGUGGACAUGACGCCGUUCAGCUGCCGGACCUGUGGCAAGAGCUUCGACGCGACGGCCUCGCUGAGGAAACACGAGCUCAUCCACGCAGGGCGGACGCAGUACAGCUGUGAGGCGUGCGGCAAGUCCUUCUUCUACAAAGCCACGUACGACUACCACCGGCGGAUCCACUCGGGGGAGCGUCCGUUCGGCUGCGAUGUGUGCGGGAAGCGGUUCAUCAUCCGCCAGGCCCUCAAGUCGCACCAGCUGCAGCACUCCGGGGAGAAGCCGCACGGCUGCAAGCACUGCGGAAAAGCGUUCCGGAUUUACACAAACUACCUGAGGCACCUGCGGGUCCACACGGGGGAGAAGCCCUACGAGUGCGAGGUCUGCCAGGCGAGGUUCAGGCAGCUUGGGCACGUCAAGUUUCACAUGCAGGUCCACACGGGAGAGAGGCCGUAUUCCUGCAGCCUCUGUGGACUCGGGUUUUCAGACUCCAGGCUGCUUAAGAGACACCGCUGCGCCUGAGAAUGUGUUGGCGGCUGCGUCCCAAAGCCUAGCAGAUAAUAAUGGCAUGGAAGCUUUUUUUCUUUUCUUUCAUUCUUACCUCAACAAUUUAAUCCUAAAGGAUUACUUAAACAAUUUGGGCAUUUUGUUGCUACAAAAUGGUUUCUCAGACUGUUUGUGAAAAAGCCUACAAUGUGCAAUUGUAGACAUAGAAGUGUCUUUAACUAAAGAUGCAGAGGAUGUGUAAAUAUAAAAAUGCUAUGCUUAAGCAGAGGAAGAAUUUAAGUUAUCUGAU